AUGUAUGAGCAUUGGGAUGCUAAUUCCCUAUUUCCUAUAGCACCAACCUACGUGGAAUCUAAAACCUCUUUUAAGUGGGGGAAACCACGAGGAAAUUCUUUUAAGAUUAAUUGUGAUGGUGCUUUUUGCAAAACUAGUGGCAAAGCUGGCAUUGGGGUGAUUUGUGGGAAUUCAGAGGGAUCAUUUUCUAAAGGUUGGGCUGAAAAAGUAAAUGCUUCCUCUACAUUUGAUAUAGAGCUUCUAGCUGUCCAUAAAGUUGUCCUUCUAGCUGAGCAAUGGCAAUGCUUUCCUAUUAUCAUUGAGAUGGAUUGCAAAGACCUCUUUGAUGCUUUAAUUCAGAAAUCAUCUCGGUUUUGCCCCUGGCUACUACAUGGUUUACUUGCUGAGAUCUUUGAUUUAGUGACUGAUCGAAGUUCCUUUUCCUUUUCUCUCAUUCCUCAUGAGGGAAAUGAUUCUGUUGACCUUUUGGCUUCUAUAGCUUCAAGGGAGUUGGGACUUAAUGGUCUGAUUUUGGAAUCUCCACCUCCUCUAGCUAUUAUCAUCCUUCGUGAAGCCACUCUUGCUUAA